AUGGUGACGACAAGGCAACGUAGGGGCGCUGUAGCACUUCCUGUGCCAGAGAAUCGCCAAAGUUUCAAUGCGUCGACUGCCGGUCCUUUUACUUUGAACAAGACAGAUCCAAAGGUGUCCGUAAGUGGAGCACGCGUCGAUCGCCUAGGCCUUCAUGUUUCACUUACGAUUCCCCUGGAAUCGUCAGUCACCCCUCAAGCGGCGAAAAACAGCUCUGCAAUAGCUCGCAGGGGAAAUAACAAGCCGGCAUUGUCACCACGGAACCGUGCACUUCCAUUACACGGCGCGCUAAGCUCGAAGACCACUACAGGAAGUCCUAAUGCAGAAAACAGGGAAAACACAAGUCCUCGACGCGCUUCAAAGAAGGUUAAGGAAGCAGGGGCAACGUCAGCGAGACAAAAUAGGCCUCGUCGCAUACGGCGCCUUUCUCCAACACUUCCAACUAUCCUUACAAGUGCUGAAAAUCACAGCAGAAAAUUUCGGCUGUCCAAGGAAACUGAUCCGUUACAUGUACCCGUGGUGACAGAAAUACAGAACGGACCGGCCAACAUCUCUGCGGCAACAAGAGAUGGCCAUGAGACGUCCACCGGCAUUGGUGUCGAUGUCCCAUUAUCAUCAUUACAGGAGCGUCAUGGUCGCAGCAGAGGAACCGGGAGUUCCGACAUGUCGGUUGUCAGGCUUAGGGCUCAACUACAAAAUCCGGAGACUAGCGACAAUGGUGAUGAUCAUCUGCUCGUGCAUUCGCCUGCGCAGAUGUUCUUUCCAAAAGCCGUGACAGGUCGCGAAGUCUCAAUGCCUGCAGAAGGACAGCCACGAUCCUGGAGUUUAGAACGUUUAAGACAAACUCUUUGUCCAGGUCGUCGUGAGUCUGCAGAAGCAAGCAGCUUCGUGUUCUACGGGAAGAGGGAGACACAAACUCUUACCUGGAAGUGCUUGUGUUUCCUAUAUCAUGCGAUCCUACUGAGGUAUUUAGGAUUUCGGCCGCUGAUCAGGUGGCUAGUUCGCACGUUUAGAGAGCAUCCGCCUGCGCAACGUUCACAAAAGCCUUUAUGGUGGGCAGUAUCUGCACUUGUAGCUGCCAGCUGUGCUUGCUAUCUGGUUUGGCAACGAUCACACGGCGCCGCCACGUGGCCAAACAUUCCUGAGUUCAGUGCUCCUCUGGACUCCGUUGGAAAUAGCGGUCCAGCAGUACGUGGCCGUUUUUAUCUUGUUCAUCCAUGUGGAGCGCAGCCUCAGUGUGCACGGCUUGGGUAUACUUGCGGAGAAUCUAGAGAAGAACUUUGUGGUAUAGGUCUCGAUUCAGCUUCGAAAGAAUGCCAGGUUUUAGGGGAAGAUGUCGCGGCAAGAAGUGCUGGCGGUUUUAUCGAUUAUGCUCGAACGUCUGGGGGUGUCUCCCAAGCAGCCCUUGUUCUAUCAGAGUUGUUGCAAGCAGUAGCUUCGUUCGCAAUGCCCAACAUGCGUAGUGAUACUUUUGCAGCUCAUUCGCCCCUAUCUGCAGCUCCAGAAUUCGAAGAGACGAGGCUUCUUCGAAGUUACUUCCCUAUCUACAAUUACAAAAAUGAUCCAGGACGCCUCGUUUACGACAGCAAUGCUACAUACCUGCUUACGGAGAAGCACGGUCAAAUAGCUGUUUCCCUGGGACGACGUGCUCUGAUCUUUGCAAUUGCCAUAGAAACAACUGCAACAACAUCUCCGCACUGCGACCCAGUUGAAAUGCACUGGUUUUCCAUCUACGUGCGCCUCGAAGGACAAAGUGACGGUGCUUGCCCAAGAAUGCUUUCCAGCAAGGAGAUCUUCCCCAUAUGGGGUACUAAAGAAGCUGAAAAAUUGUGUCGAGUGGGAAACUUCGAGUAUCGCUGCGCACGAACUCAGGCGGUGCAAGUAUUUUGUUUCGACAAGCCUCUUGGUGAAUUGCGGGAAACUGAAAAUCAAAGAGCGGGCAACGGCGAUGCAUUCUGCGGUGGAGCUGGUUGGGUGACACAGCGGGUUUAUGUAGUACUCAAAGACAACUGGGGAGCUGGAGCAACUCGCAUUCGCCGAUUAAGAGUUCUCGCGUCUGCAGAGAAACCUUAG